CCAAGCUAAGAUAAAAAAAGCCUCUUUCAUCGCGCAAACGUUUGCGCCCAAACACCACCCUUAUUGACAAUCAACUCGAGUCACCGAUUUAACCGUCCAUGUCGCUGAUUAGUCGCAGCAACAUCUUCGACCCUUUCUCCCUCGACCUCUGGGACCCCUUCCAGGGAUUCGCCUUCGGCUCUGGCAGCAGCAGCGGCAGCCUCGUCCCCUCGUUUCCGAGUACCUACUCUGAGACCGUGGCCUUCACCGGCGCACGCAUCGACUGGAAGGAGACCCCCGAGGCGCACGUGUUCAAGGCGGACGUGCCGGGGCUGAAGAAGGAGGAGGUCAAGGUGGAAGUGGAGGACGGCAACAUCCUCCAGAUCAGCGGCGAGCGCAACAAGGAGCAGGAGGAGAAGACCGACAAGUGGCACCGGGUGGAGCGCAGCAGCGGCAAGUUCCUGCGCAGGUUUCGGCUGCCGGAGAACGCCAAGACGGAGCAUAUCAAGGCGUCCAUGGAGAACGGCGUGCUGAUCGUCACCGUGCCGAAGGAGGAGGCCAUGAAGCCCGACAUCAAGCCAGUUCAGAUCAGCGGUUAGGGAGGAAGAAGUCCGCGUGAGCCAAUUGAAAGGAUUUGACAAUUGAGAAGGAACCUUCAUUGCUUAAUAUUGAUAAACAUUCAUAUCGUUGGAGAAACUAUCCAAUUAUCAACAGCAGAUCCUUCACAUUACACAACAGUGAACAAGAAUAGUCUUGUUUGUUGUAUUCUAAGUAGGUGCUGAUUCAACCUCACAUCCACUGUUGAAAUUCAUGAUGUGAUUCGACUUGAAGAUGAAAGUCAAUGUGGGUUUCCUUAUUUUUUCUUUCUUUCAAAUCAUCCCACAAGAAAUUAACUAA